CUCCCGGCCUGUGGCGGCGCUGUGGAGGGCGGCCUGUCUUUCCUUCCGUCGGCGAGCGGCGGUGCCGGGUGUGCGGCCGCUGAGCUGGUGGAUCCCGCCGAUGGAUUUUGACUCGAAGCCCAGCUGGGCCGAUCAGGUGGAGGAGGAGGGAGACGAGGGUCCUCUGCCUUCACCCAAAGAAUUGAUCAAAGGGAAUAUUAAAACUGUCAUUGAGUACAAAAUUGAUGAGGAUGGGAAGAAAUUCAAGAUUAUCCGCACAUUCAGAAUCGAAACCAGGAAAGCUUCGAAAGCUGUGGCCAGGAGAAAAAACUGGAAGAAAUUUGGAACCUCAGAAUAUGACCCACCAGGUCCUAAUGUCGCCACAACAACGGUCAGCGAUGAUGUGUACAUGACCUUCAUCACCAGCAAAGAGGAUCUGAAUAACACCGAGGAGGACGACCCAAUGGCCAAACUGAAAGGCCAGAAGAUCGUGUCUUGCCGAAUCUGUAAAGGGGACCACUGGACCACACGCUGCCCGUACAAAGACACCCUGGGACCCAUGCAGAAGGAACUGGCCGAGCAGCUGGGGCUCACAACAGCCGAGAAGGAAAAGGGAUCAGAUCCUGAACCAGUCCAACCAGCACAGAGUAAGACUGGGAAAUACGUUCCACCCAGCCUGCGAGAUGGAGCCAAUCGACGGGGAGAGUCCAUGCAGACAAAUCGCAGAGCGGAUGACAAUGCCACAAUCCGUGUCACCAACCUCUCUGAGGACACACGAGAGACCGACCUGCAGGAACUCUUCAGACCUUUUGGUUCCAUUUCUAGGAUCUACCUGGCUAAGGACAAGAACACAGGCCAAUCCAAGGGUUUUGCCUUCAUCAGUUUCCAUCGUCGUGAGGAUGCUGCCAGGGCCAUUGCUGGCGUUUCUGGUUUCGGUUAUGAUCAUUUAAUCCUGAAUGUGGAAUGGGCCAAGCCAUCAAACAACUAGAAGGUUAUGUCAGCUGAGCAAACCAACUUCAAACUAAAGUCAGAGUCAUUAUCAUCAAAUAAAAUAUCUGGAUCAGACGUUU